AUGGCUCGCAAGUUCUUCGUCGGCGGCAACUUCAAGAUGAACGGCUCCAAGUCGUCCAUCAAGGAGAUUGUCGACAACCUCAACAACGCUGACCUUGACAAGAACGCUGAGGUCGUUGUCUCCCCUCCUGCCCUCUACCUCCCCAUUGUCCGCGAGACUCUCCGCAAGGACGUCGAGGUUGCCGCUCAGAACGUCUACGACAAGCCCAACGGCGCUUUCACUGGCGAGAUCUCCGUCUCCCAGCUCAAGGACAGCGAGAUCAACUGGGCCAUCCUCGGUCACUCUGAGCGCCGAACCAUCAUUGGCGAGUCUGACGAGGUCAUCUCCUCCAAGACCAAGUACGCUACCGAGAACGGUCUCAAGGUCAUCUGGUGCUGCGGCGAGUCCCUCGAGACCCGUGAGGCUGGCAAGACCAUUGAGUUCGUCUCUGCUCAGAUCGAGUCCCUCAAGUCCCAGAUUUCCGACUGGUCCAACAUUGUCAUCGCCUACGAGCCCAUCUGGGCCAUUGGUACUGGCAAGGUUGCCACCACUGAGCAGGCCCAGGAGGUCCACAAGGCCAUCCGUGACCUCCUCCGUAGCAUCAGCGACAAGGUUGCUGACGAGACCCGCAUCCUCUACGGUGGCAGUGUCAACGAGAAGAACUGUGGCGAGCUCUCCAAGCAGGCCGACAUUGACGGUUUCCUCGUUGGUGGUGCUUCUCUCAAGCCUGCUUUCGUCGACAUCAUCAACGCUACCAAGCAGUAG